CCCUGACUGAAGUAUAGUGUGUUUAGAUGAAGACGGUUUCGGGUGGGCAGAACAGUAGCUUUCGACAAUAUAAAGCUAAUCAAUCCUGCACUUUUGUGGCAUCUUCGUAUUGCUGUUGUGAUUAAGGGACUGACUCCAGACUUACUGAUGAUGAGCAUGCUGGGUAAUGAGAUGCACUAUGAGCAAUCAGAGGAUGAAGGAUGGAGGAUGGCUUAUCUCAUCUUCAGAUGUGUGUCCUGUGAACCUUUAAAUUGCUGAAGGCUAUAAACUCACGAUUAUCAAUAUGUGCAAUCAUAAUGUCAUCUAUCAGUAUGGCAGCACUUUAAAACACCCACCUUUUCAGUGACCGGCGUACAGAACUGUGAGCUAAAGAACAAUAAGCUCACAAAUUGUAGUGCCAAGAACACAUGACGCCCACUCAGAAAACAAACUCUUGCAAAUAUUUUCAAAUGAAUUAACUUGAAAAAAUCCAACAAGAAAAUCAUGCCUGAUCUAAAAAAAAGUAAAAAAAAACUCAUCAGUUUGCUCUUAGAGUGACUUCAUUUAUUUUCACCUUGCCUUUUAAUUAGAGCCAGAUAUCUGUUUGCACCAUCACAUGCUGCCAUGACUCAACCCAAUGUUACAGUUCUUUCGGCUAAUAUCUCUGGAGGAUCGGGAUUGGGUAAUCUGUACCGCCCGUUUUCUGUGUUCAGUGUUCUCACGCUCACUUUGCUGGCCAUGCUAGUGGUGGCAACCUUUGUAUGGAAUCUUCUGGUUUUGCUGACCAUCCUGAGGGUGCGCACCUUCCAUCGUGUUCCCCACAAUCUGGUUGCCUCCAUGGCUAUCUCGGAUGUGAUGGUUGCAGGACUGGUUAUGCCCCUAAGUCUAGUUAGGGAGCUUUAUGGUCGUCGGUGGAUUCUGGGUCGGGCCCUGUGUCAGGUCUGGAUCUCCUGCGAUGUACUCUGUUGCACAGCCAGUAUCUGGAAUGUGACGGCCAUUGCCCUAGAUCGUUAUUGGUCCAUAACACGCCACCUGGAGUACACAUUAAAAACACGCAAACGAAUCUCCAAUGUGAUGAUCUGCCUCACAUGGCUACUCUCCUCUGUUAUCUCACUUUCUCCACUUUUUGGUUGGGGUGAGACUUACUCAGAAGACAGCCUGACUUGUCAAGUAAGCCAGGAGCCCUCCUACACAGUCUUCUCUACUUUUGGAGCCUUUUACCUGCCCCUCUGCGUGGUGCUCUUUGUCUAUUGGAAGAUAUACAAGGCUGCCAAGUUCCGCAUUGGCUCUCGCAAGACCAACACCAUCACACCCAUGGCUGAGGUCAUAGAGGUAAAGGAGGCCGAACGGCAGCCACAGAUGGCUUUCACGGUUCGUCACGCAACUGUAUCGUUCCAGACGGAUGGCGAGACAUGGCGAGAGCAAAAAGAGAGGAGAGCGGCUCUGAUGGUGGGGAUCCUGAUUGGUGUAUUUGUGCUCUGCUGGAUUCCUUUUUUCCUUGCUGAGCUCAUCAUUCCACUCUGUUCGUGCGACAUCCCACCUGUCUGGAAAAGUGUCUUUCUCUGGCUGGGUUACUCAAACUCCUUCUUCAACCCACUCAUCUACACAGCCUUUAAUAAGAACUACAACAACGCCUUUAGAAAUCUUUUUUCCAGACAGCGAUGAGGAACAGAAGGAACUAUGAAUGGAAUGAAAACCUUUGGGUUUUAUGAGUAGAAAGUGAGAAGAACAUUAAAAAAAGCCAUCUUCUCACUUCAGAAUCACACAGAAGCGAUGUGAAAGCAAAGCCAUGAAUGCACUGGCUCUAACUGCUGUUCCAGGAGGAAGGGAGGAUUGCCAACCCACAUCAAGAAAUUGCAGGCCUAGUGAUAUCUCUAGUGAUCACAUCUUCACCUGCUGGUCAUAUAUCUGUCAAAAUAUGGUGGCUGCUGACGUCUUCAUGGUUAGACAAGUUGGCCAUCGUCUGUUAAAUCAGCAGUGCUGAGAUAAUGCAAGUGUUCCCUUUAGCAAAACUGAACCACUGAUUCAGACACUGAAGUAAUUGUCCGUAUCCCUCACCAUCGCUGUGAACUCUUGAGAGAGAAAACAAUUACUGGUUUCACUGUUCUGAAGGGUGUGAAACAUCAAAGCCAUUUUGGUCACAAGUAGGCAUAUGUACACUUUAUGAAAAUCUGGCCUAAUUCACAUCCUUUCACUCCUUCCAAAAUGACUUGGCUAAGGAGCAAUUUAUAUUUCCAUCCCAUUUCCUUUCAUUAAAGUCAAGAAAAGAAAGUCGAUGUGCAAAAGAUGAACAAAGGCAAGACAUGAUUUCAGGUAGAGACGUGAAAUUAAGUUUUCGUUCAGAAAAAACAGGACAUUAGAUCACACCUCCCUCCACCUGACCACUCUCAACUGGUCCUUCCAUUCCAUCCAGUAGCUUUACAAACUUUCAACCAGUCUCUUCAUCUCAAUUACUCAAAAUAAUUUCUCAGAUGAAACUUACAUUCUGUCAACUUACAUUCUGUCAGUUUUGCCUGGUCGUCUGUUUAGAGAGGUUUUAGAUACAAUCAUCCCCACCCUCUUAACUAUAAUAAACAGCUCCUUAAUAAACAGGGUAUUUCCAGAAAGAUUUAAACAUGCUGUCAUACAGCCUCUAUUGAAAGGACCUCAUCUUGACCCUACCGUGCAUAACAACUACAGGCCUAUCUCUAAACUUUGUUUCAUUUCAAAGGUUUUGGAAAAAGUUGCACUUUUACAGUUUACUUUAUACCUGGAUACUUUUAAUAUUCUAGACCUAUUUCAGUCUGGUUUUAGAGCAUUGCAAUCAGCAUUGCUGAAGGUCAUGAAUGACAUUUUGCUGUCUAUCUAUUCUGGGUCUUCUGGUCGACCUCCAACUAUAUCUUGCAAUCAAACAAGGAAAUUACUUUUCAUUAGAUCAUCUCUUCUCAUGCCUCAAUGAAGUCAAGUCCUGGAUGACAAAUAACUCACUGCAACUGAAUGAAAAUAAAACCGAAGUGCUUCUACUGGGUCCUGCUGCUACCAACAACUCUGUUAAAACACAGUUAGGUUCUUUUAUUAACAACCUGCACAAUAAUGAAAAAAUCUUGGUGUCUGUUUUAACCCUCUUUUCCAAUUUGACAAGCACAUAAAUGCAGUUCUAAAGAGUAGCUUUUUUUUCCAACUUAGAUCUGUAGCAAAAGUGAAGCACCUUCUUUUUAGUAAAGACCUUGAAAUUGUGAUCCAUGCACUAAUUUCUUCUCGAUUGGACUACUGCAACUCUCUUUAUGUUGGCCUACCUCAAUCUACACUGUCUCGGUUACAGAUGGUUCAGAACUCGGCAGCCAGAUUGCUGACAGGAACUGGAAAAAGGGAUCAUAUCUCCCCUGUCCUUGCCUCAUUGCAUUGGCUCCCCAUAAAAUUUAGAGUUGACUUUAAGAUCCUUCUUUUCGCAUACAAAGCAUUGCACAACUUGGCCCCCAGAUUAUAUUUCUGAUCUUAUUAAACCAUACACAACUGUUAGGUCAUUAAGAUUUUGUGAUCGGUUACUUUUAUCUGUCCCUUGUUCACGUUGCAAAUCAAAAGGUGAUCGAGCUUUCUCUGUAGCUGCCCCAAAGCUCUGGAACAGUCUACCUUAGUAUACCAGGGCCUCUCCAUCACUGGAUGUUUUUAAAACCAGUUUAAAGACUUAUUUUUACUCUUUAGCAUUCGAGUGAUGCUGUGCAUGUAUAUGUGUAUAUGUAUAUAUUAUUUUUUUAUAGUUGGUGUUCCAUGUUAUGUAUGUAUAUACAAUUUGUUUGAUUGACUUUGAUAUUUGACUUUUAUCUCAAUUUUUCCCCUCCUUUUCUAUUUUAAUUUCUGAUUUACUGUAAAGCACUUUGGAUCAACUAUAGUUGUGUUAAAUUUGUGCUAUAUAAAUAAAAUUUGACUAGACUUGACUUGACUUGACUUACAGACUUGUGCAGAUGAAAGAAAGACUAUUGAACAAAAUAGUGGUUAUAAAUGACUUAAUAAAUGCCUUUGUUUCAAAGCAGCACAUCUCUGAAUUUAUGUACAUUAUCCUGAAUGGAUUCAGCUUUCCUCUUUGUAAGCUACCAGUAGCAAAGUAAACUGGAAUAGGGACAUUACAUGGAACGAAAUGUAAACAUGCCUGUAAUUACUCUGUGAUGGGAGCUAUGCUACAAUUAAAUAAAAUAUAUGGACUGAUCAUGCAUUCAAGGUUAUUAAAGAUUCAGAAAAUGAUCACUCUGUUGGUUAUCAGUAAUUGAU